GAUGGCGCGAAUAGUGUUCACGAAACAGUGUAACAAUUUCUGAAUUAAUUAGUGUUUUUAAUAAUUUUACAAUAAUAUUUAUUACUUUUUUCAAUACUGAAAGAUACUAUUGAUAAUUCUUCUUUCAAAUAUAGUAUUCUUUAAAGUAAUCAUCGUGACAGUGAAUUAAACCAACUUGUGAACUUUACCACCGGUGCUUUCUAACCUCAAAAUUAGUUGUCAAAAACGUGCAGUGUGUUUGAAAGAAUUGUAUAUUAUUUUAUAGUUUUCAUUUUUAUUGUGUGGAAAAAUAAUGGAUAUGAAAAAUACGUUUCAUAAAAACAACAUCUUGAAUAGGUUAACAGACAGGAAGAUGCCAGAAGAUACUUCUAACUAUUGUAACGAUGAGCAAAUUCUACGAUCGAGCGCGCAGAAUCGGCUUUUGAUAAAAAAUGGAAAAAUCGUGAAUGAAGAUGACAUGACUGAUAAUGAUAUUUACAUCGAGGAUGGCAUUAUUAAACAACUUGGUCGCAAUCUUAUAAUUCCCGGUGGUACAAGAACGAUUGAUGCAAGAGGAAAAUAUGUUAUGCCAGGUGGAAUUGAUCCUCAUACACAUCUUGAAUUUGAAUUCAUGGGAACCACAAGCGUUGAUGAUUUCUAUCAAGGUACAAAAGCGGCCGUAUCAGGUGGAACGACAAUGAUCCUAGACUUUGUCAUUCCAAGGCCAGAUGAAAGCAUCCUUGAAGCCUACGAAAGAUACAGAACAAAUGCUGAUGAGAAAGUUUGUUGUGACUAUGGUUUACACAUUGGCAUCACAUCAUGGAAUGCAAAAGUAAUAUUUUGAAAAUUCUCUUUAUUAUUAAUUAUGAACUAAUAUAAACAAUAAUAAUCUAGGACAGAAAUAAUAAAUACAGCAGAUAUUCUCAAGAGAUUUCAUUAUUUAAUGAAUAAUUUAAUUAUUUUUUAAAUAGAAGAAAUAAAAUGACAGUUUUUUUUAAAGACAAAGCGCUUAAAAGUGAUUUUCAAGUAAAUAAUUUAGAAAAUAAGGUUAAUUACACGCGCUCAUUGUAUAUAGACAAACAUAAUUUAUUGAAUAUAAUUAACUCACGCUAGACGUUAACAGUUUGUGUGAUCUUGAACGCAUGUCAACCCUUGCAUUGUAAUAAGGAGGUCAUGUGUGUGGGUGAAAAUUUCUUUUCUCAGAUAUAUAUAUAUAUUUAAACGGUAGAGACAUGUUAGAAUCAUUACAAAAAUUUUUCCUGAAAGAAUAAUAAUUAGGCACACUGUGUACUGAACCGUGCGAACCAUAUCAUAUAUGUACGUAGAACGAUGACCCCUUACGAUGUGAACUCAUCCAGCGUCACCGGUAGAUCUUGUUAGCGUAAUUCUGCAAAAAAAGAAAAAAAAACGGAUUCCCUCUUUUCUAUCUUCUCUCAUUUUCUUCCUUUAAAAUCUUUUAAAUAAACUAUUCGAAAUAUAUAUUUUAUACUGACAAAAAUAGAUAUAAAUUUUGAUAAACAAAAAAUAGUUAUGUA